AUGGUUUCCUCUCUCAACUGGAAAACCCUCGGUCUCGCCGUAUUCGGCGUCUUCGCCAGCAUCCACUCUACUUCGGCUGAAGUUGCGUCUACAAAAGCUUUCGAUCUCACGAAGCCAUCUUAUGACCUUUUUCGAAGCAAGACACUUCAUGAUGCGACAGUUCAACAAGGCUUCGCGUUCGAUAAUGAUAAUCGACGAUUAUUCGUUGCGCAGCGACGAGACACCUCGUCUGAAACAUCUGGCGAUCUCUGCAUCACCCAACUUGACUUCGACGGCAAUUAUGUUGGAUACAUGUACCUGACCGGUUUCGGCCAUGGUGUAUCCUUCGGCGCCCAGGGUGUUGGAUCGUCGACAUAUCUGUGGACAGAGGUUGAGGCCAAUGGAAAUGGAUACGGAAAGAAGCUAGCACGGUUCAAGUUCGUUAGCGGAACGACUCUCACCUCAUCUUCGUCUUCAAUUACAAAACUCAAGCCCGUUUCAGACGCCACAGAGCACACCUGCUCUAUUGAUCCGGUCUCCAACCAUCUCAUCGUACGAUAUAAUCUCGAUGGGAAGCAUAUCGCCGUCUAUGACCUUGACGACGCGACUGAUGGAAAUUUCACCAAUUCAUUGGCAGAUUUUAAACAUCCUUCAGUGUCAUCAAAGUCGAGUACUUUUCAAGGAUAUGCCGCGUUUGGGGAAUAUAUCUAUUUGUUGACGGGAAAUUCGUACCCGGAUAGUAGUAAUGGCAAAAUCAAUUCUGAAAUCACUGCCGUUAAUAUGAAUACGGGUGCCGUUACUCAAGGGCCGACACUGACAAAGGCCGGUUCGACCCUUUCGUUUCGUGAACCGGAGGGAUUGGCUAUCUAUCAGACUGUGGCUGGUGAAGUGAGGCUUUUCUUGGGAUUUGCGUCGGGCGAGGCGGGUGAUCGGAGAUCAAAUUUAUUCUAUAAAAAUGCUUUCCUCUAA